AUGUUGGUGUUCAUCGGAUUAUUGGUUUUGACUUACGUUGGGGGAAUAUUCUCCAGUGUAAAACCACCACCAUCGCCAUGUGACAAUUCAGAACCGCUAUGUCCAUCAAAUCAGUACUACACCGAAAACAAUACAAACUGCAUCAAGACAUGUUCUGACAGAUUCAAGUCAUGCUCCGAUUCUUGCGAACCAUUUACUGGAUGCGUCUGCGAUCAUGGUACCGUGAGACUGUAUGAUGAUGGAACUGGACCUUGCGUUCCCAAGUUUGUUUGUCACAUGUUCGACCGUCCUUUGUGUCCAAAACAUCAGUACUACACGGAAAAUGACCCACAAUGCAUUCGUACUUGUGCGAAUAGUUUCGAGGCACCUUCGGAUUCCUGCAAGCCACACACUGGCUGUGUAUGCCAUGAAGGUCGAGUGAGACUGAACGAUGAUGCUACUGGCCCUUGUAUUCGGGAAUCUACAUGUUCAUUAAUGCUAUGCAAAGAUCCCAAUGCGGUGUACAAGACUUGUCCUGACCCUUGUCCAGAGACCUGUGAGACGCCGAAACCAGAAGUAUGUACGAAGGCUUGUGUCAAAAAUGGCUGCGAAUGCCGACAUGGAUAUGUACUGGACAAGAUUAAUGGAAUAUGUAUUAAACGCAAACAUUGUCCUGUAAAUAAAUGCAGCGACCCACAUGCAGUAUACAAGGAAUGUCCCAAUCCGUGUCCAUUAACAUGUGACCAGCCUAAUUCCAGACCAUGUGCAGCGCUGUGUUUGAGGGAGGGAUGCGAAUGUGCUUCAGGAUAUGUUCUGGACACUGAGAAAGGCAAAUGUGUUAAGUUGGAACAUUGUCCAGAACCAGAAUGCCCCAAACAUGCUCACUAUGUUAUAAACGAUAAGAGUUGUCCAAAGACAUGUGGCAAUCGUCAACUUUCUACUACAGACGUAGCUGGAGCCUGUGCACCAUUCACAGGAUGUGUCUGUGACGCUGGUUAUGUCAAAAAGUAUGACAACAAUACGGGACCUUGCAUCCGUGAGAGCAAAUGCCCCCCGAUUCCAACUACGUGUGGAACUAAUGAAGUGGCAACUAGUUGCAGAGCUGCGUGUCCACCACAAACUUGUGAGAGUAUUUACACUACUUACUUUUGCCCACUAGCCGAGUGUGAGCCUGGAUGUAACUGCAUUGACGGAUAUCUUAGAAACUCUGAAGGUGUCUGUGUACCUUCUGAGCAAUGUAACACUAACAAUGCUCCUGUAUGUGGACCAAAUGAAGAGUCAUCAGACUGCGCAAUCUUAUGUCCCCCUCAGUCUUGUGACAGCUUGUACGUCGACUACUUAUGUGCACAGAUGGAAUGUAGACCUGGAUGCAAUUGUGUAAAGGGCUAUCUUAGGAACAGUGAAGGCAUUUGUAUUCCGCGUGAAGAAUGUUCUACAAGAUGCAGAGGUGACGCCAAUGCUACGGCGACACCAUGUGGAAGUGCUUGUCGACCGACUUGUGCAGACCCAGAUAGAGCAAAUCGAGCUUGUAUUCUUCUUUGUCUUUUAAAUGGAUGCGAAUGUAAACAAGGAUAUAUUUUGUCUGAAAGUGGUGUUUGCAUAGAUCCAAAAGAUUGUCCCGGUGGAGCUCCAGUUUGUGGAACUAAUCAAACGUAUGCUAGUUGUAAAGUGGGCUGCCCUACUGAAUAUUGUCCCAGAGACGAUAGUCGAGCUAUGGUAGCUUGUUCUAUCGCAUAUCCUUGUCCAGGCGGGUGUGCUUGUAGUCCAGGCUAUUUGUACGAGAGUUAUGAAAACCCUCAGUGUGUCUUAGCAUCAGACUGUCCUGAAGUUGAGUGCACAAGACCAAAUGAAGUUUGGGAACGAAACCCGACAACCUGUUUCCAAGAACGAUGUGAUGAAAGAGAGAGGGAGUGUGUUGAUCCAUACCCAGUUCCACCAAGAUGUGUGUGUGAAAAGGGGUAUUAUAGGAACGAGAGUGAUAUUUGUGUUCCUGCUUCUGAAUGCCCAUCAUUAGGAUGUAAAGGUGACUUCAAUGCAACGUUGAGACAGUGUCCAACACCAUGCCCGGCUACCUGUGCUGAUCCAAAUGCAGGAAACAGACCUUGUAUUGAGAUAUGCCUUCCAGAAGACUGCCAAUGUAAUCCGGGAUAUGUUCAGAAUGAAGACGGAAAAUGUAUUAAACCUGAAGAUUGUCCAGCGACUGAAACUUGCAAUGGGGAUCCUAACGCAAUGUACUCCGACUGUCCCAGUCCUUGUCAAGCCACUUGUGAUAACCCAGAUACUAAUCAGCCAUGUGUAAGAAAAUGUCUACCAAGUGGUUGUGUAUGCAAACCUGGAUUUAUUCGAAAAGAAAAGAAUGGGAAAUGUAUCGAACAAUCGAGUUGUCCAGUGGAUUAUGGAUGCAAUGGUGAUAGAAAUGCAACAGAAACUGAAUGUGGGAGUGGAUGUCCAACGACGUGUGUGAAUCGAUUUAGGAAAAAUAGGAUUGUCUGUCCAGCUGUAUGUCUACCUGGCUGCUCAUGUAAACCAGGAUACAUUCUUACUGAUGCAGGAGGAGUUUGCGUCAAACCUAAGGAUUGUCCAGAACCUGUAGGUUGCAAUGGUGAUCCAAACGCAGUAUCCAGUGACUGUCCAAGUGCCUGUGAACCGACCUGUGACAAUCCCAACUCUAGCCAACCAUGUAUUUUGAUGUGCAUGCCUAAAGGAUGUGUCUGCAAAAAGGGUUUUGUUCGUGGAAGUAACGGAAAAUGUGUGAAAGUGGAAGAAUGUCCAGCAGUUGGAUGCGGUGGUGAUCGUAACGCGACAGCAAGGGAUUGUCCAAGUCCAUGCCCCUUAACUUGCGCUGAUCAGAACAGAAAUAAACCUUGUCCAGCUAUCUGUCUACCUAGAGGCUGCGAUUGCAAUGAGGGUUAUGUACUGACCGAAGUUGGCGGAAAAUGUAUAAAGCCUGAAGAUUGUCCAGCUGAGCCUCAAUGCAAUGGAGAUCGCAAUGCAACGUUCAAGGAGUGCCCAAGCGCAUGUCAGGCUACAUGUGACAAUCCUGACUCUGAUCAACCAUGUAUAGACGUGUGUAAUCCUGAUGGUUGUGUGUGCAAGCAAGGGUAUCUUCGGAUCGAAGAAGAUGGUGAAUGUGUUCAGCCGAGUGACUGUCCAGGAGGAUCACCAACAUGUGGUGCUAAUGAAACCUAUGUGUACUGUAAAGUGGGUUGUCCAACUAACUAUUGUCCUACCGAUGACAGUCGGGCUAUUGUCGCAUGUGACCCUAUUUUCCCUUGCCCAGGAGGUUGUUCUUGCAAACAAGGCUAUUUAUUGCGUAGUAGCGAUGAUGAGACGUGUAUCAAGUCGUCUGAAUGUCCUCCAGUUGAAUGUACAAGACCUAAUGAGGUAUGGGAACCUAAUCCUUUAAGCUGUUCUUCUGAGCGAUGUGAAGAUAGAGGUAUACCUUGCGACUUCCCAUACCCUGUUCCACCAAGAUGUGUCUGCAUGGACGGGUUCUAUAGAAACGGAGAUGAUGUUUGUGUACCUGAAUCUGAAUGUCCCAAGACAGCCUGCAAAGGUGAUGCGAAUGCUACAUAUUCGGAAUGUCCCAGUCCUUGUCAGCCUACGUGUGAUGACCCUGACACUGGAGACGUUUGCAUAACUGCAUGUGAUGACCCUGGAUGCGUGUGCAACGAUGACUUCAUUUUGUCUGAACCUGGCGGUGUUUGCAUUAGUCCUUACAAUUGUCCAGGUGGAUCUCCAAAAUGUGGUGUAAAUGAAACCUACGCCUCUUGCAAAGUCGGAUGUCCCUCUGAUUAUUGCCCAAAAGAUGACAGCCUUGCUACUGUCAUAUGUGAUCCUGCAUUCCCAUGUCCUGGUGGCUGUGUAUGCAAACGAGGUUAUAUAAGGCUCAGCGAAGAAGACAAUAGAUGCGUCUUGUCUUCUGAAUGUCCACCCGUCGAAUGUACCAGAGAAAAUGAAGAAUGGAAUACCAACCCCCCAAGUUGUUCUGCUGAUAGAUGCGAAUAUAAGGAUGUACCAUGUGACUUCCCCAUACCUCUUCCACCGAAAUGCACUUGCAUUGAAGGAUACUACAGAAAUAACAAUGAUGUUUGUGUCCUAGAAUCAGAAUGCCCUACACCAACAUGCAAUGGCGAUCAAAAUGCAACAUUCUCUGAUUGUCCCAGUCCAUGUAAACCAACUUGCGAUAGCCCGGACUCUGAUGUUAUAUGCAUUGACGUGUGUGAUGAUCCUGGUUGUGUGUGCAAUGAAGGAUUUCUUUUAACUGAACUUGGUGGCAGCUGUAUUAAUCCCUAUGAUUGUCCAGGAGGAUCUCCACAAUGUCCUACAAACAAAACAUAUACGAGUUGCAAGAUUGAUUGUCCAAUGAGGUACUGCCCUACAGAUGUGAAUGAGACUCCAAGGAUCUGUGAUCCAUUAUGGCCGUGUCCUUCUGGCUGUGAAUGUGCACCUGGAUAUUUGAUGCUGAAUUCUAUUGAUCAAACGUGUGUCUCAGCUUCUGACUGUCCUCCCUUGGAAUGUACCGGUGAAAACGAAGAGUGGAACCGAAGUCCUCCAGAUUGUGACUUCGACAGCUGCGAGAAUGUAAACAGCGCCUGUAAUAGUAUUCUCCCUGGCCGACCAAGGUGCGCCUGUAAGGAAGGUUACUGCAAGAAUCAGGACGGUGUGUGCGUACCUGUGCCAACCGAAGAUUGCCCUAAGCUGAACUGCGGUUACAAUGAAGUUGAAGUGCCAUGCAGACAGAUAUGUCCGCCACAAAAUUGUGAGAUUGCCUAUACCGAUUAUGCUUGUACCAAUGAAACUGAGAUCUGUGAAAGAGGUUGCGACUGUCUUCCCGACCACCUUAGGAAUGGCAGCGGAAUUUGCAUACCGAAUGACAAAUGUCCUUAUCCGUCUACCCCCGUCUGUGGGAUUAAUGAAAUUGCCAGAGACUGCAGGCGUAUUUGCCCUCCACAGUCUUGUUUGAGCAAGUAUGCUUUAUUCCGUUGUGCAGAAAACAUAACUUGUGAACCUGGAUGUGAUUGUGUUGCUAAUUAUCUGAGGGAUGAUAGUGGAAAAUGUAUACCGAGCGAAAAGUGUCCAGCGCCAUGUGAUGUUCCUGAUCAGUGUAAGCGAACGUGUGCCGUGCCAAACCCCGAAAAUUGUGACAAUACUCGUCCAGAAGAAAAUGUAGACGGCUGCAGUUGUAAAAGUGGUUACGUCCUCUCAGAAAUAGGAGGCGAAUGUAUACCAAUUGAGGAUUGUCCAACUAACCAAAGCUGCAAUGGUGAUCCAAACGCAGUGAUAAAACAAUGUCCACGGCCUUGUCCGGCUACCUGCAGUUCACCAAAUGCCUUCCCCUGCAAGAAAAUGUGUCUAGAGGUUGGCUGUGAAUGCAAACCUGGAUACCUCAAGCUAAAUGGAACAGGUCCAUGCGUUCUACCGAACAAAUGUCCUGGUGGAAACCCAUGCGGUAAAAGUGGUCGUUUCGUUGACUGUAAAGUGGACUGUCCAAAUAGCUACUGUCCAAAAGAUGACAAUAGGGACAUAACCUUCUGUGACCCUCCAGCAGGCUCUUGCUUGCCUGGUUGCAUUUGCAAUUUGAACCAUAAAAAGAGAAGCUAUGAAGAUCCAACGUGCAUCGUAUCGUCUGAUUGCCCUCCAGUAAAUUGCACAAGGCCUUACGAAGUCUGGGACUCCUGCCCAUCGGCGUGUCUCGCAGAAAGUUGCGAGGAUGCUGAUAGGCAACCGACUGUGUGUAAUACUUUGGUAUUGAACUGUGAACCACGUUGUGUAUGUAAGAAGAAGCACUUUAGAAACUCCUCAGGAAUAUGUGUUCCUGUUAACAAAUGUUGAUGAACCCUGCCGAGGACAUCACAACUUAACCAAGACUUUGGGUUUUCUGUAAAUAAACGAUAAGACAUUCAA